AUGACCCAGAGCUCGCCAUGCACAGAGGAAGACCUGCUGUUUCAGCAACGAGGUCAAGUGCAGCAUGUGAUCCUAAACAGACCCAAGGCCCUCAAUGCCUUGAAUCUGUCUAUGGUCAGGGACUUGACUGCAAAGUUGAAAGAGUGUCUGCAAGAUCCCAGGGUAUCUGUGAUAACAUUAAGGGGAGCUGGAGGAAAAGCAUUCUGUGCAGGUGGCGAUUUAAAGUCACUAACAUAUUCUGUCAAAGAGGGAAACAACUAUGGACAACAUUUUUUCUUCGAAGAAUUUGCACUCAAUUAUCUGAUUGGUACCUACCCCAAACCUCUCAUAUCUGUCAUGAACGGAAUCACUUUUGGUGGUGCUGCUGGUUUGACCGUGGUGGGUCAGUUCAGUGUGGCUACAGAGAAGUCUGUGUUUUGCAUGCCAGAAUGUGCCAUAGGUUUAUUCCCAGAUGUUGGUUCCGGCUACUUCCUGUCCCGUCUCCCGGGCAACCUUGGCAUGUUUCUGGGUCUCACUGGUCACAGACUGAGAGGUCACGAGAUUGUCAGUGCUGGACUUGCAUCUCAUUACAUUGAGUAUUCAAAGGUUGGAUACAAAAUGUUUGCCCAGGCAUAUGUACUAGAUGCAUUUUAUGUUGAGUCAACAAUUCCCGAGAGAUGUACACUGGAACAGCACAGGGAGCAGAUAGCUCGUUGUUUCGGCGGGGACUCCGUGGAAGAAAUUGUCAGGAAUUUGGAGCAUGAUCACUCAGCCUGGGCCCACACACAGCUCUGUGCCAUCAGGAAAAUGAGCCCAACCUCACUAAAGAUCACAUUCCGACUGUUGAAAGAAGGUAUAAACAAAAGCUUGGCCGAGACCUUGAAAACAGAAUACAGACUAACCCAGAGAUGUGUUGCAGACAAAGAUUUCCAUGAGGGCAUAAGAGCAA